AUGCUACCCAAACGGAAACGUUACAUACUCAAGAUUCCGAUAUCACUCCAACCCUCCAAACGGACACGUUGCAAUGUUGAGGCACCAGCAAAUAUCAAUGCAAAUCUCCGUAAAUGGAGAAAACUCGCAACCUCAGCCAAUUUACAAAGGCGAAAAACAAGCAAAAAUGAUAUUUUCAAUGAAGAUCCAUGCAUGGUUUCUCAUAGUUGCUUGCCCAUCAACCGCUAUGGCGAUAAAGCAAAUCGCCAUGGUUAUCAGGCAUGUCAGGCGCUACGUAAAGACAAACAUGCCUAUAAAACAACCCCAUACCGUCAUUUUUCGGAAACAGCUCAAAAUAUUCUGAAUGAAUUAUGGAAAACAAUCGACGAUAGGAGAAAAGUGUUAGGUAAAUUUCAUGGGGAUAGCUAUGAGCAUAAAAGGAAAACAUUUGCCAACAAACUCCGAGGGAUGCUGUCUAGGCGAAUCAGUCCACCGUUUGAGGAGUUACUUAAAUGUUUGCAUUCUAUCAACUCGGUCUCAUUUGGAACGCUUUACAAUGUAAAAGAGGACGCACAAGCAUCGAAAGUACUGCGCAGGAAAGAUCAACAGCGCCGAGACAAAAUUAAUCAGGAAAUGGCUGAGUUUAAACAAUUGUUUACUUCAAGUGUAUUAUUACAUACAGAUAUAAUUAUUGAUUAUUGCAGGAAAAUGUCUCGAUUCGUCACGGAGAAAACAAUAUGA